AUGAAGCGCUGGCAGAUUUUUGUUCUGUGGAUCUUUUGGGUGCUCAUCCUCUGGCUGAUGGCCCCCUAUCUGGAUCUGACGCCUGAAUCAGCACCCCAGGAAAAACGAAUGUACUUGGUUCCACGGCAUUGCAACUGCCCCUGGUUCAGUUUUGGGACGUUUGGCUGCCCUUCUGAGACCCUCAACUGCUCCUCCUGCCCCCACCCAGCCACAGAAUGGAACUGGCUUGAUGCGUGCUCCAGGAAGACCAUGGGCUACCUGAUGAGGACCAGGGAGUCUAUGACCUCUGACACUGUGCUCUGGUGGUUGGGCAUGAACUUGGGGAGCAAGCUUGGGAAAUUGUGGAAGAAUCUGUUUAAAGUGAUUCCCAGGCUCUUGGUGAACCAUUUUGAUUUUUAUUGUGGGACUUGUGUGCUGUUGGGGCACCCACAGAUCCUGCAGGGCUCCAGCCUUGGCAAUGACAUCGACCAAUACCCCGUGGUUUUCAGGAAUGCCAGUGACCAGGGUUCCUGGAUGCAGCUGCAGAUGCUGCUGCAGAAGCUCUCGGAGCUGGUGUGGACUUCAGAUGCUCUGAGUGACGAGAUUUUGGAAGAUGGUCCAGUUCCCUAGUGGAGUGGAAGAUAGCAAAGACAUGAACGAGCCAGUUGUCCAGUCACGUCCACUGCAUUCGGCACAGCCAGGGACCAGCAGGAAUUGGUGAUACCCUCGAGGAGGCUAAAACUAAAAGAGAAAAAGAGGGGGCUGAGAAAAAAAAAAACCCACAAAAUGGUGAGAGUCUCGCCAACAAUCUGGGGACAGAUCAAACAACUGACUCAGCGAGCUGCAGCAACAAUCACCGGCCGAGGCCCCCAGAUGACUCCUGAAAUUAUGUUCGUGGCUAUGAUGACAAUUAUAGCAUGCCAGGUGUGCUAUGAGGGAGCAGAGGGGUGCUGGGCAUUUGUCCCAGUUUUACAGCCAGUGACCUGGGGAAGUCAAUCAGUUCCUGUGUUAGUAAAUGACACUCGGAUACUUGGAGGAAGAGGUGGAGCUCCGGAGCACUCCUCCUACUAUGGAAAUUAUAAUUACUCUGGAUGGACCGCUGACCCUCCUUUAUGUGUCUCCAUGAUGGAGCAAACAGGUUGUAUAAACAUGACACGAAAAAAUAAAACGACAGCAGCCACUAUUAGGGUAGCCAGUCUUUCAGGACCUUGGAACCUUUCUCGUUACCAGUCCAAGAUUAGUAAAUGGGGGUUUCCAAACAACAUGCGUGACAUUUCAGGUAUACACCCCCCCCAUGAAAUAUCGCCACUGUAAGACUGGGAUACAAUUUAAAGGCUUUCUGGAGUGGAAGGACUGUGCUCGUGUGCUCCCUGGACAAUGUGUGAGCCGUCUCACAAUACAGUUAAUUGUGCUGCGUACCCAGAAGACAUGUCAUUCAGAGUGUUCGUCAGUAAUGUUCUAACAACAAACCAUGGGACUUUGCAAAAGGAACUGUGGCGUCUAGUCGCUGCUAUGGACUAUGUCGAUUUUUCCAGCAUAUUUACAGAUGACAUGUAUGGACUAAAGGCUUGUGUUCCUAGCCCUUAUGUGACUGUAACAGGGGAGGUCAAUGUAACCCAAUAUGGAGGGAAAUUUUAUGUGUCUUGUAGAAACUGUAAUCUUACUUAUUGUGUAUAAUAAUACUUACAAUAAGGGACAAAGUACUGCUGUUAAAGCAGCCUGUAUAUGUGAUGAUUCCUGUGAUGAUUCCUGUCAAUUUAACAAGAGUGGUAUGAGAAUAGGGGUUUGGUAGUGUCACAACACAUGAAAAAAAUGUUGUUUCAUGUAGGAGAGCACGGAGAUUAUUGAUUUUGGGUAUUGUAACACUGAUACAAAUUAUUGCCAGUUCUACAGUUCCUGCCUUUUCACUUUCCCAAACUACUCAAACAGCCCAUUAUGUAAACCAAUUGACAUCAAAUGUUUCUCAACGUAUGGCCACUCGGGAGAAUAUUGAUCGGAGGUUAGAGGCCAGACUGGCAGCUCUUGAGACAGCCACUGUGUUUAUAAAAAAUGAACUGGAGAUGAUAAGGUUAAGACAAAGACUUAGAUGUCACUGUAAUUAUAUUGCUAUCUGUGAGACCCCUGUAAUUUGAAAUUAUACAAAAUAGAAAUGAAAAACA